AUGGCUUCUCAACUCCUUCCCCUCGAGCUGAUCGACAAGUGCGUCGGUUCUAGAAUUUGGGUCAUCAUGAAGAAUGACAAAGAAUUCGCUGGUACUUUGCUCGGGUUUGAUGACUACGUCAACAUGGUUUUGGAAGACGUGACUGAAUUCGACUACUCCGGCGCUCAGGUUAAGCUCCCCAAGAUCUUGCUAAAUGGAAACAACGUCUGCAUGUUGAUUCCUGGUGGUGAAGGGCCGGUCGGUAGCUCUUAG